UUAAAAUGGCGGCGCCCGUAUGAUGAAUGCAUGGAUGAAUGGCCAGCUCAACUUUCAGUACCGGAGCGCCUCAGUUGUAAGUGUUCAGCGCAGAUAACCGUUUAAAGAAAGUAUCAGAACCCCGUGCGUUGAUAAAUCAUGUAGUACCGAUUACAGACGCCACACCGCUCUGUGACAACUGUGAAACACGAUGUCGGACAGCAGCUCUGAUGAGAACGAUGAACGACUGCGAGAAGCGGCGGUUACUGUCAACGAUAUUUUUGCGAAAAAGCAGGGACAGAAGUCCGUGCAAGAAAGUAACGACGCAUGCGGGGAUACCGGCACAACAAUAACAGAUUUGUCGACGGAAUGCAGACAGUUUCUCGCCAAGAGCUUGUCAAAUACCUUGGACAAGAAAAUCAAAAUAGUUGAUAAGCAUCUUGAAGUACAAGACAAUGACGACAGUACAGGUAUUAAACUCUUUACUGACUCUACCGUGCAAUUGGUCGAGAUCGAAGAACCCGAAGUGCAGCGACCUCGCAAGAAGCACAAGAAGUCGAAAGUAAAGAUCACCGACGACAUGCUCGCAUCGAUUGCCGUGACACCCGAAUGGGUGCUACAACAGUCUGGCAUCCAGAGUACAAACAAAUAGCUAUACGCCACUUGCAUGACGCUCUAGAGCUUUGGGUUUACGGCAUCUGAGCUCUGUAAGUGACUGUAAAUAUGUCAUUCAAACACUUGAAUCUGUUACAUUUGUAAAUAAACGAAUGCCUCGAUUAU